CAUCGUUCGGCCACUACAUCGACCAAGGAUCGCGGAGCUUUACUGAUAGUGGCACUACAAUGUGACUACGUGAUGACGAGAGGACGUCCCAAAUCACAGGUGGCACCAUGUCAAUAUUGUAACAGACAGUUCAAGCGACACGAACAUCUACGGCGUCACGAGCGUACUCAUACCCGCGAAAAGCCGUUUUCUUGCCAAUGCGGCCAGUGUUUUGCUCGAAAAGAUCUGCUCGUGCGACAUCAACGUUUAGAGCAUCCGACACUGCACAUUCCAUCAGGCGAGAACAUCAUGGUACAAGACGAUGGACCAGAUAAUUUACCCACCAGCAAUGGGACCCUGAACUUCAACUUCGACAAUGUGGCGGUCACGGAACCCAGUCAUCUCCUUGCGACAUCAGGUGAGAUGUCUUGCUUGCCCAUGCCUACGAGUGGAAUUGGUUCCACGUUUGACUUUCAAUCUACCAGCGGCCUGGAUUUUCUCUGGGACGAAAGCACCGCCAAUUUUGACUUUCUGCCUUCCAUGUUCCUUGACACCGAUCUCUCGUUAUCGCAUCUUACACAAAGUAGAGCAGAUCCGCAUGCGCAAUCUGCGACAAUCUCCAACGAGAAUAAUGCUUGCGAGACAAACCAUGUUAAUCCGGAGACUAGCCCUCAUCUUACUGGAAGUCAGGCCUCGCUCUCUGAUAUUAAUGAGGCUUUGUUGCGACGGGCCCUUGUCGCCACAGAUGAUGUAUCGUCUUCCUCGCUCUGGACCGUGACCGCUGCUGUCCACGCCAGCUUGUCUCAGGUCGUACAGGCAAAGGCACAGAUACUAUCCAAGGAUUUUUGUCUUCCCUCACGUCAUGCUUUAUCAAGGUAUCUUGAGAGUUAUUUUCGAGGGUUUGAUAUACAUCUGCCGUUUAUUCAUCGACCCACAUUCACCUUGACCGCUGCCGCUCCCGAGUUGAUGUUUGCGAUGGCAGCAGUUGGCGCUCUGUACCGAUUCGAACAUCCUCGCGGAUACUCACUUUAUUUUGCGGCAAAGUCCCUCGCUGAUGACCAAAUCGUACAACGCAGCCUUCACGCUUCUUCUCACCUUGCUCACAGAUCACCUGGUGAUACCAACCCCAUACCAAGCAUGAACUCACCUACGAUUCACAUUCCGAAGCCUAUACUCCAAACAGUACAGUCACUUCUGAUACUUCUCGCCAUGUCUUCGUGGGCUGAGAGUCCGAUCGUACGCGACUCGAUGUCUACGGCCGGUAAAUUGGCAAUGUUGGUCCGCGAAGCUGCCCUCUCGGUUGAUGACGAGCGCCCCGAUGGUCUCACCUGGGCAGAGUGGGUACGCAACGAAGAGCGACGAAGGACACUGUUCGUUUCCUACGUACUCUUCAAUCUGCAAAGUAUUGCUUUCAACGUGCCACCAAUGGUACUCAGUCAUGAAGUUGUUCUAUGUUUACCCAGCACAGAAAUCGAGUGGACCGCCAAAAGCGCAGCACAAUGGAAUCAGCUUCGUUUCACGAACGUGGGCGCUUUUGAAGAACGAUGCUUCCAGGAGACUCUUUCUCACCUACUCGCUGGCAAGAACAUUUUCCGGCACAAGACUGUAUCGGCCUUUGGAAAUUACGUCCUCAUUCAUGGAUGUUAUCAGCAGAUCUUCUUCGAGAGACAAGCCGCGGGUGGAUUCCUGCCCUUCCACAAAUCGACCUUGAGGCCGGAUGUGGUCAAAGUCUUCGAAGCUGGAUUGCGCGCAUGGCAGAAUUCGUGGGAGGCGACGGUCGAGUCCACUCUCGAUCCCUGUUCUCCAAAGGGCCCUUUGGGCUUCAAUGCCACCGCUUUGUUGCGUUUGGCUUACAUCAGAUUGAACUCCAAUCUGCCGCCUUUGAGAAAGUUUGACGACAAAACCUCACCAGGAAUGGCUGUCAUGUUCGCAAGUUCAGCGGCUCCCGGUAUCGAACGAUCUGUCAGUGUGGACAGAGCUGUCCUACAAUGCAUACAUGCACUAAGUAUUCCUAUCAGAGCCGGUGUCGCCUAUGUUGCCAGAACACAGACUCUCGAGUGGAGUAUUCAACAUUCGUUGUGUAACUUCGAGUGCGCCUUGCUUCUUUGCAGCUGGCUUGAGUGCAUAGCUUGCGCUGUCGAAUGUGCUGACAUGGAUACUCUGCGUGACGAUGAAAAAGAGUUACUAGCGGCUCUCUCGGGUCUUAUCAAUGAGUCAGAAUUGUUGGACAAUGUGCCUGAUGUUCAGGACAGCCACGCCUCACGGAUUCGACGCUUGUCUUGGUGCGCGACGAAACUUUGGGCAGAAAUCUUUGGUGGCGGCUACGUUUUCGAGGUCAGCCGGCUUGUUGGAACUACACUGUCCGGUAUAGCAGACGUCUUGGAGCAGCGCAUAGUUGUGGUUUGAAGAGGCAUAUUCAGAUAGAUAAACAUAAAACACGUUUUCUCUCAAGAACGGCCAGGGCGCGGACCGGC